CAUUGCAGUGCCAUAUACCUAUUUGUGAUUAGUUGAUCCCCUGGGAAAAGUAACUUCACAUGGAUUAGUAAAUCACAUGACAGCAUUACUAAAUUAGGGGCGGACUGACAACUCAUGGGGCCCACGGGCAAUAGGGGAUCAUGGGGCCCCUGUGUCCUUGCCCAAACUCAAAAAAGCCUAUGGAAAAGGUACCAGGGGCAUCUCAUGGGGCCCCCUACUGACCCCGGGCCCUCGGGCAGUGCCCGUGUUUCCAAAUGGUCAGUCCGCCUCUGG